AUGACGUCAGCGUCCACCAAGGUCGGAGAGAUCUUCUCCGCGGCGGGGGCCGCCUUCACGAAGCUCGGGGAGCUGACGAUGCAGCUGCAUCCCGUGGCCGACUCGUCCCCCGCGGGUGCCAAGUGGACGGAGACGGAGAUAGAGAUGCUGAGGGCUGCUGUGAAGCGGUUUGGGGACGAUCUUAAUCACAUCAGCUGUGUCAUCAAGGAACGGACAGUGGCGCAGAUAAAGGCCACCGUGAAGCGCAAAGUGUAUGAAGACUCCGGCAUCCCCCUUCCGUCCGAGUCACCCAAGAAAGGGCUGAAGAAGGUGGCAUCCGGUGUCUUGUCGCCUCCUCCAGCUGCCCCUCCACCCAGCAGCUCCGGUGUCCCCGAGGCCGCGGGGCCCCCCGUAAAGAAGCAGAAGGCUGAUGUGACACUCAGUGCUCUGAACGACUCCGACGCCAACAGUGACCUGGUGGAUAUUGAAGGGCUAGGAGAAACUCCUCCAUCCAAGAAACUCAACUUCGACCAGGACAGCCUGACCCUGGAUUCUGGCCUUCUCGUGACCUCUGCCGGUCCUCCUCUGCUGUCUCGCUGA